AUGAGCUAUAGGAACCGUCUUUUGAACGAAUUACGCGAUGCUGCGCGUCAGCAAGACACCACAGUUCAGCUAAGAGCAAACGAAGACAAUAUCUUGGAGUGGACGGCUCUCAUCAAGGGCCCCCGGGACUCUCCUUACCAGGACGGGACUUGGUGCCUACAGAUCGUCUGUCCCCCGGCCUACCCCCUGUCUCCGCCCCGUGUUCACCUCCUUACAAAGUGUUUUCACCCAAAUAUCGACUUCCGGACAGGAGCAAUCUGCAUGGACAUUUUAAAUGAAGGAUGCUGGACGCCAGCUUGGAACUUGCACUUUGUGUGCCUCGCAAUCAUCUCCUUGUUGGAUAGCCCAAAUGCGGACAGCCCGCUCAACUGCGAUGCAGGCAAUUUGAUCCGAUCUGGAGACAUGCGCGGGUUCCGAUCCAUGGCACGGAUGUACACCAAGGAACUUGCCUGCGGCCGUGAUGCCCUGAAAGGCGAGUGA